ACACACACGCCUCCACGACCUAUUACCCGACUGCUUACCCCCGCACACCUCCUAUGCCCCCGCCGUCCCCGUAGCAUCAUGCCCAGCGUGACCUCCACCACACAGACCGCCGUCCCAGGCAGCCUCAACCUCAAGGCCUCCACCGGGAACCUCUCCAUGAGCUCCUCCGUCCCGUCCACUCCUUCGUCCGCCUCGCCCUCGGCCUCCUUCUCGUCGUCCAACUCGACGCUCGCCAGCCUGCGCGGACUCUACCCCCGCGCCGCCCGCGCGUUCCUCCAGCGCAACGUCGCGCUCACCCACUCGCUCCUCACCGCCGCCUUCGCGCUGGUCGCGCCGCCCCCGUACUCGUACUACGCCGACGCCACCGCGCCCCCGCGCACGGCGGACCCGCUCGCGAGCCAGCGCAGGAAGUGGGAGAUCCUCAGGAUCACGUUCGAGACGACCCUGUACGCGGCGCCCCCGCAGACGGAGGACCCCGACGAGCUCCCGCCGCCGCUCCGCGCGAACCUCCUCCUCUCGCCCGAGCCGUUCAUCGCGACGCUGCACAAUCGCGCCCUGCAGCUCUUCACACCGACUACCUCCUCCGGCGCGCACAUGAUGAAGCCGAGUUCGACGUAUCUCCCUGCGCAGGUGCUCGUGACACUCGCAUUGGCCAGCUUGAAGCUGGGAUGCACGGCUGUCGGGAGAGGGAUGAUCGAGGACUGGCUCGCGAGACGGCCCAGGUACGCUAAGGUGAUGGAGCUGUAUUGCUUGCACGUCCUCCCCCGCCUGGAAGACUGGGAUUACGCAGAGGACUUCCUGCAGUAUGAGCGCGAGCUGGCGCCAGAUACGCGGAAGUACAUGAUGUCGUCCUUGCGAAGCUUGCGUAUACAGGCUAUGUCCUCCCAACCACCACCCACAACAAAAGGCCUCCCGACAUCCACCUCGGAGCCAACACUCUCUACCUCGCGCUCUGUCUCCCCUGCGCGUUCUGACUCGUCGGCUUCGUCCUCGUCGAGCGGUUCGACGCAUACCGCGACACCGACCACGCCACGCCCUAGUGGGAAAAGCAAGGCGGCCCUGCCCCCCGUCUCGCGCAUGACGUCCAUCCCUCCUUCCGCCUCCUCCCAGUCCAUCUCUUCCACAACCACCUCGCGCACCGUCACCCCCUCCAAUGCGCACGCCACCUCCCCGAGACGCCGAUCGCGCUCGGCGAACCGCUCAAAAGCCGUGAAUGGCGGCGCAGAUGUCUCACUGGACACGCCACGCGCAACGACACCCGUCCCGCAUCCACUCCCGAGACUACCCCGCGCUGCCCCGCUGGAAGCACCCGCACCUCUGCGUGUGCCCAGCGCACUGGCGCUGAUACGGACGAGCUGCGCGGCACUCACGCGGGGGAUGUCGCGCACGAAGCUCGCGGCGUACGUGCUCGUGUUCGUAGUGGUGCCGCUGCUGUCGUUCGUACUCCGGGUAAGGCGGAGACGGGGGCGCCCGGCGAGUGCGAAUGGGGGUGGGACGGUGGAGGAAGUGCGGCGGCGGCUGAGGAAUGCCGGGGUGGGUGAGGGGAAGGGCGUGGUGACGAGGGCGUGGGAGGAGCUUUUGCGGGCGGUGGGGGAUACGGUGCAGAUGGGUGGGCGGGGGCUGGUGUAGGUGGACUGGGUCUCUGGUGGGUGGCCGUGGCCGUCUGGUUUGAGCUUAUACAUUGGAGGGGAGUUUUUACAUAGUGCGUUUCCUGUUUUUGUUUGUGGAAGCGAUACCUUCGUUAUUGCGCUUGUUCGUUGAGUAGUGUCUUUGCAGCCUCUGGAUCGGCUUGCCUUUCGCUCGGCGUACUUAGACAUUUGGUCGAGCGCUUGACUUUGCUCGACAUGGUAUGGACGCGCGUCUGAGAGGGCUUGUUGGCGGACCGAUCGAACAUGCUGUCACCUUUCCACGCCAGGUUCUGACAGUCGACAUUGAGUUGAAUUGGUUUGACAAGCCUGAGGUCGCGCAGAGCAACAAGCGGACAAUGGAUCCUGAAU